UCUCUUGCCUAUUCUUCUGCUAGCUAGAAAGAGAGAACAGAUGGCUGCCCAUUUCCUCUUCCUUGCUCUCCUUGCUCUGGCUUCAUCUCAUGCCAUUGCUUCUGAUCCUAGCCAACUCCAAGACUUCUGCGUCGCUGAUCUUCACUCAGAUGUGUUUGUGAAUGGGUUUGUCUGCAAGGACCCCAAGAUGGCCAAAGCCGAAGAUUUCUUCUUCUCUGGACUCGACAAGCCCGGUGACACGGGAAACAAGCUUGGGUCCAAUGUGACUCUAGUCGAUGUGAACAAACUUGCUGGGCUCAACACCCUUGGCAUCUCGCUUGCUCGCCUAGACUUUGCACCCUAUGGUCUCAACCCUCCUCACACCCAUCCAAGGGGAACUGAGAUCCUUGUAGUGUUGGAAGGCACGCUAUACGUCGGCUUCGUAACAUCUAACCCCAACAACCAGCUCUUCAGUAAGGUCCUUCACGAGGGUGAUGUGUUCGUAUUUCCUCAAGGCCUCAUCCACUUCCAGUUCAACAAUGGGAAGACCAGCGCUGUCGCUCUUGCUGGUCUGAGCAGCCAGAACCCUGGUGUGAUCACCAUAGCCAAUGCGGUCUUUGGAGCGAAGCCACCCAUCUCUGAUGAAGUUCUUGCCAAGGCCUUCCAAUUGGACAAGAAGACUGUGGAUUGGCUCCAGGCUCAAUUCUGGACGGACAACAACAACUAGGAUGCUGCAUCCGAACUAUUUGUUAUGGUCUUUGGACUAAUUUCUUCGUAUUGCUUGGUUUGAAUAAGCAAACAUCAACUCUCUGUUUCCAUGUACUUGUUUGAUCACCAUGGAUAUCUUUGCAAUAUUAUACUGGUAAAGAAAAUUACUUUUAUCAGAUAAUAUUUGUCUUGCUUCUAGUAUUAUGGUCAGGAUGGACUGUUCAUUUUAGUGGUC